AUGCAAGUAAAUGACAAGAACCUACUCAAAAUUCUGCUUGCAGGGGCCCUCCUGACUGCAAUAUCAAUCAUAUUUGUUCCCUUGGACAUGGAAAAUGACACAUUGGCCAAUCAUGGAAUGCAACAACAACUGAUAUCUCAAGCCGAGGCGGCAUUGGACCAACACGACGCCAUUCCAGCUGCCAAUGCAGAGCUGAAACCACAAUCUCUUGACGCGAAAAAUGAUGAAAAAAAGGAUGAAAAGCCGAAGAGAGACGCCACGUAUCAUCAACCUCCAGUCAAAUACCACACUGUCUUUUCCACGGGGUGUUCAACCUUUCAAGAUUGGCAGAGUUAUGUUUUCUUUUUCCAUGCGGUUAAAUCUGGUCAAGAGGGCCACAUUACACGGAUUGCUUCAGGAUGUGAAGGCGAAACCAAGGAUGAACUAGAUAGAAUAUUCAAGGACGAGAUUGCAUCUAUGGAUCCAGAACGAUUACAUUUGCAUCAAACACCUGAGUUUGGCAAGGAAGGUGGACUGAAAAAGGCAUUCAAAUACUUCAACAAGCCUUUUGGGAUGCGCCAUUGGUUUGAAAACGUCCUAGGAUAUCCAGAGAAUCAUGCUGAACACGAUGACUCGAUAGUGAUCCUGUUGGAUCCCGACCAGAUUCUAUUGCGACCCUUUACGAAUGAUUUCACGCACAGUUCCGAAACAUGGAGAUUAAAAGACGAAAGCAAGCACAAACUGAAAGUAGAGCAUGGCUCUCCAUUUUCACAACAAUAUGGAUAUGGACUACAAUGGUUGACCAAAGUGAAUCAAACCUACGUCUUUGAUGGACCAACACCAGUUGCCACCAUGACCAGAACUGAAGCUGCCGACUAUUACAAUGCAAUGGGACCACCGUAUGUGGCGACCGCCAAGGACAUGUACGCCAUUGUCAAGCAAUGGUCGGACGUUGUUCCGCGAGUGAGAGAUGAAUACCCGUUCUUGCUGGCAGAAAUGUUUGCCUUUAACAUUGCUGCCGCCCAUUUGGGUCUAAGGCAUACACUGGCAUUUUCCUUCAUGGUUUCGGAUGUUGGCACCGGAGGGGAAGGAUGGCCGUUGGUGGAAAAGGUGCCCCCCAAGGAUGUUUGUCACAAUUAUCCAAAGUCGGAAUACCCACACGUGAUUCACUAUUGUCAACGGUAUGUACUAGGCAAGUGGUUCAUUGGAAAAUACCGACUUCGCAAGGACUUUAUCUCGUGUGACGCACCUCUGCUGACGGUUCCACCCGACGACAUUGCUCUGAGAUACAAAAAGGGCGUCUUUCCUGGAAAUGGCAAAACCAAGGAUUAUCAACCACGACACAUCCAGGGAAAUGCUUUCAUGGUCUGCGCCAUGAUUAGUGCGCUGAAUGAAGCAGCGGUGUACUACAAGAACCAUCAUUGUGACAAAGCCACGGCAAACUACAACUACACAUAUACCUUUUUCAAUGACAUGACACUGCCAGAAGAUACGCAUAUCAGUAACUGUGGCGUAGUCUGCAAGAAGGAAUUCUUACCAUCCAGUCCCGUGAUGAUGGCACGAGUGACUUGGCCAUCGAUCCAACUCAAGGAGAGAUUCCAAAGCAACUUCCCGUCUCGAAUCGAGGGACAAGUUAUCGGUAUCCGAUUCCAACGAGAGAUGCGAAGAGAUGACCGAAUGCUAUUGCAAAUCCUCUUAGUAUGGGUCGUCAUCACUGUCAUAUCCGUCGUCUAUGUUCCUUGGGCGCUGGAACAAGAAAUGAUUCCUGACCCUGGACUGGGACAAAAAGCGAAGGCUAAUAUUGAUGACAAAACAAUCAAUACGUUUGAAUCAAAACCCGGGGGUAUAAUAAGCAAUGUGAAGGUGGACCAGGCAUCGAAAGGACAGUCUACGUAUCACCAGCCUGCCGUCAAGUAUCAUACUGUUUUCUCGACCGGCUGUUCCCUUUAUCAAGAUUGGCAGAGCUACGUUUUCUUUUUUCACGCAUUGCACUCUGGCCAAGAGGGUCAUAUCACGAGAAUCGCUUCUGGUUGCGAAGGGAAAACAAAGGAUGAGCUGGAGCGGGUAUUCAACGAGGAAAUCGCACCAAUGAAUCGAGAACGAUUGCACUUGCAUCAAACGCCAGAAUACGGUCAUAUUCACAAAAGAAAACUUGCAUUCAAGUACUUCAACAAACCUUAUGGCUUGCUUCAUUGGUUCGAGAAUGUACUAGGAUACCCAGAUAACCAUGCAGAGCACGAUGAUUCGAUAAUAAUUUUGAUGGAUCCCGAUCAGAUUCUUCUGCGGCCAUUUACAAAUGAUUUUACAAACAGUGCCGAAACUUGGUGGUUGCCAGAAGAAGGGCGACAUAAACUGAAAGUGGAUCAUGGAUCACCCUUUGUACAGAAUUAUGACUACACAGCUGAAUGGCGAUGGGCUGCCAACCAGACAUAUGUCUUUCAAGGGCCUACGCCCAUCCUAGAGCUGGAUGCACAGGAAAUACUGGACUACUACAAGGGAAUGGGUGUGCCAUACGUCGCAACUGUCAAAGACAUGUACGCGAUUGUCAAGGUGUGGACCGAUGUUGUUCCAAGAGUUCGCAAUGAGUUUCCAUAUUUGUUGGCAGAGAUGUUUGCCUUCAAUGAAGCUGUAGCGCACUUGGGUCUGCGCCCAACGAUUGCGACAUCUUUCAUGGUCUCCGACGUUGGCAAGGCAGGCGAAGGGUGGCCGCUAGUCGACAAUGUGGAUCCGAAAGAUGUUUGUCAUAACUUUCCAAAAUCUCAAUAUCCGCAUGUGAUCCAUUAUUGUCAAGAAUACGCUCUCGGCAAAUGGUUCUUUUCCAAAUACUUUUUGCCCAAGGACAUCAUCUCGUGUAACACGCCAUUUAUGAAGGUUCCUCCAGGAGAUAUUGCUCUCCGAUACAAACGAGGGAUCAAUCCGAAUGGUUUCUUUAUAAAGGGAUUGAAACCAAAGCAAGUGAUCGAGAAUGCAUUUACUAUCUGUGCUAUGGUUAGUGCACUAAAUGCUGCUGCACUUUACUACAAAGACAAUCACUGCGACAAAGCAACGGCGAACUACAGCUACUCAUUCACAUACUUUGAUGACAUGUUCAUGGAAGAGGAUUAA